AUGUCAACAUUCACUGAAGCAACAGAAGCCAGAAAGUCUGAAUUGUCUGAAAACUACCGUGCCAUAAUUGACAAAAUCAACCAACUAAACCCUAAAGUUAACCUUGUAGCGGUGUCUAAAAUUAAGCCAUCUUCAGAUAUAAAGGCGCUUUAUGAUGCUGGUGUGCGUCAUUUUGGAGAAAAUUACGUGCAAGAAUUGAUUGCCAAGUCGCAGGAAUUACCCAAGGAUAUCAAAUGGCAUUUCAUUGGUGGUUUGCAAUCAGGUAAGGCCAAGGACUUGGCCAAGCAUGUUGAAAGUUUAUACGCGGUAGAAACAAUUGAUUCUUUAAAAAAGUGUAAACAGUUGGACAACACUAGAGAAAAAGUGGGUGGUUCUGAAAUCAAAGUUUUCCUUCAAAUCAAUACAUCCUGUGAAGAACAAAAGUCAGGAUACAACAGCGAAGUUUUGGAUGACCUUGAAGAAACUGUCAAGUAUUUACUUUCUGAUGAAUGUAAGAAGUUGAAGUUGAUUGGGUUAAUGACCAUUGGCUCCUUUCUGGAAUCCACCUCGGAAUCAGGUGAAAAUCAAGAUUUCAAGAAGUUGGUUGAAGUGAAGGAGAUCCUUGAUAAGAAGUAUCAAUUGGAUCUUGAGUUGAGUAUGGGUAUGAGUAAUGAUUUCGAACAAGCUAUCAAACAAGGAAGUACUAGUGUCAGAGUUGGAAGCUCGAUCUUUGGAGCCAGACCACCUAGAAAUGCUGCCUAA